AUGAACCCGAUCAUCUACAGCAUGAGGAAUAAGGAUGUGAAGACUGCCCUGUGGAAGCUGUUUGACUGGAAGCUUCUAUUCAAGACUUCCCAGCCUCCUCCCCUUUCUCAAUGCCGGGUAUCUCCUCCAAAACUGCAGCAAGCAAGAUACCAUGCCGUGUCUAAUGUGACCAUCAUAACGGGUUUCCUGCUGCUGGGAUUUUCUGAAGAACGAGCACUUCAGAUUCUGCACUUUUUUGUCUUCUUAGUGAUGUACUUGAUUGUCCUGAUAGGAAAUAUUCUCAUCAUCAUCUUAGUAGCUCUCAACACCCACCUGCACACCCCAAUGUAUUUCUUUCUUGUCAACCUGUCAAUUGUUGACCUUGGAGCCACUUCCGUCACCAUUCCCAAAUCCAUGUUCAAUGCACUCAUGAACACAACAUGGAUCUCAUAUUCUGAAUGUGUAGCACAAAUGUUUUUCUUUCUCCACUUUAUGACAUCAGACAUCUUCCUGCUCACUGUUAUGGCCUAUGAUCGAUAUGUUGCCAUCUGUCACCCGCUGCACUAUGUGUCUCUCAUGAACUGGGGACGCUGCAUCCAGAUGGCAAGUGGGGCAUGGAUGGGAGGAUUCCUUAAUGCUAUUCUACACACUACAACUGUUUUUUCAAUGCCCUUCUGCUCUAACAUUAUCAGGCAAUUCUUCUGUGAAAUCCCAUACCUAAUUAAGCUUGCCUGCUCUGAUUCUUACCUCAGUGAAAUCUGGGUUCUUGUUUUUAGUUCAUUCAUAGGAUUUGGUUGUUGUGUAUUUAUUUUCAUGUCUUAUGUACAGAUCUUCACCACAGUCUUAAAAAUGCCCUCAAUGGAAAGUAGGCAAAAGGCCUUCUCGACUUGCAUUCCCCACCUUAUUGUUGUCUCUCUGUUAAUUGGUACUGGAGUCUUUAGCUACUUCCUGCCUUCCUCCAGCUCUCCAUACAACGUGGAUCAAAUACUUGCUGUGCUCUACUCAGUCAUACCUCCAAUGAUGAACCCAAUCAUCUACAGCAUGAGGAAUAAGGAUAUAAAGACAGCUCUGCGGAAGUUGUUUAACUGGAAACUUCCAAUCAAGAAUAAGAUGCCCCAUACUGGUCUAUAA